UUUGACGUUUAAAUCGAAGUGGACAUUUUCUUUUCUCUCUCGAUUCUAGAGAAGAAUUUCAGUAACAAAAAGUAAAGCGAGCAUUUUUCCUGCUAGAAUCAAGUAAAGUGCGUCUUAAUUCGGGUUAUUCGGUAAAUUACCAAUGCCGUUAGUAUAAUGUCCCUGUCUAGCAUAUUACCCGCGCCGUCGAAUCCCGUCUGGGAUCGAGACGAUGAACGUAAACAUAUUGCCAAGGGCACUCCUUCGAUGGGUGCCCUAGUGAGUGCAAAGAUUGCAGCCCCACCGUAUGGCCAACGAAAGGGAUGGAUUCCACGAACGGAAGCGGAUUUCGGUGAUGGUGGUGCUUUUCCCGAAAUCCACGUAGCACAAUAUCCACUCGGAUUGGGUGCUCCGGGAAAUGCGAGCAAGAAAUCCAAUGCACUAGCCGUGCAACUGGACCAGAGUGGUAAAGUCAAAUAUGACGCUAUCGCUCGACAAGGACACUCGAAGGAUAAGAUUGUUUACUCUAAUAUAAAUCAGUUGCUUCCUGCGGAAGUUUUGGCGGAGGAUGCUGAGGAAUUGCAACUUCCCGACCAGGAAACUAUCAACGAUAUAACCGAGAACACUAGGAAAGCUUUGGAAAAAUUGACCAAUCAAAAGAUAGUUUCGGCUAUGCCAGUGCGGGCAGCCGAGAAGCAAGCUCCGGCACAGUAUAUUCGAUACACGCCUUCCCAGCAGGGCGAUGCGUUUAAUUCCGGGGCGAAGCAGAGAGUGAUUCGUAUGGUAGAGGCACAGGUGGAUCCUAUGGAACCGCCACGCUUUCGAAUUAAUAAGAAAAUACCUCGGGGUCCGCCAUCGCCGCCUGCUCCAGUUUUGCACUCACCAACCCGGAAAGUGACGGUAAAGGAACAAAAAGAGUGGAAAGUUCCACCGUGCAUCUCCAACUGGAAGAACGCCAAAGGUUACACUAUUCCACUGGACAAGCGUCUGGCGGCGGAUGGACGUGGGCUGCAGCAGGUUCACAUCAAUGAGAAAUUUGCAAAGUUGGCCGAAUCGCUGUACAUAGCGGAUCGUAAAGCUCGUGAAGGCGUGGAAGCUCGAGCUCAGCUGGAGAAGAAACUAGCGCAGAAAGAGAAGGAAAAGAAAGAGGAUAUGUUGCGACAAAUGGCUCAACGUGCCCGUGAGGAACGCGCUGGCAUUCGUCAUCCGGGUGAGGCGGCAGGUCCUAGUGGCGAUCCACUAAUCAUUCCAGCGGAACUGCGCGAGCGGGAUGAAAUACGAGCGGAACGACACCGUGAACGUGCUCGCGAUCGUAAUUUGGCUCGUGCCGCACCGGAUAAGCGGUCUAAGUUGCAGCGUGAGCGAGAACGUGACAUUUCCGAGCAGAUCGCACUGGGCAUGCCAGCGAAAUCUUCCCUCUCCGGUGAGGCGCAGUUCGAUCAGCGUCUGUUUAACACUUCCAAGGGCAUGGACUCCGGCUAUGGGGACGAUGAAGCGUACAAUGUGUAUGACAAACCGUGGCGUGAUUCCGGUACCCUUGGCACGCAUCUGUACAGACCGAGUAAAUCGAUUGACAACGAAGCGUACGGGGCGGACUUGGAUCAGAUCAUUAGCACGCAACGUUUCGUUCCGGACAAGGAGUUCAGCGGUACGGAUCGGUCGGCUCCGGCCGCACGCCAGGGACCGGUGCAGUUCGAGAAGGAGGAGGAUCCGUUCGGUUUGGAUCAGUUCUUGAACAUGGCCAAGAAAGCACCGAAGCGCAAGGAAGACGCCAUGGCCGGAGGUAGCAGCAAUCGCGAUAAGGAUCGAAAAAAGAGACGGGAUUAGAGCUGGAAAUUGUUUCAAUAAAGAUUUACUUGAUUAA